AUGAAACCGACACUGCUCUUUCAGCUAAUUACCUCCGUCCCAUCCAUUUUAGGAGCCACUAUCCAUGAUAAGCGCUCCGGCUUUGAAGAUGGCCAACCGAUAGACGACACUGGAAAAGGCGCUCCCCUUUUCGGCGGAACCAACGAGCCCUUGGACCUCCAGAACCCAGACAACCUCGGCCGUUCCUCAACGGACAACGGCUUCGUACCGAACCUGAAAUGGAGUUUUUCUGACUCCAAAACCAAGAUCUUCAACGGAGGCUGGUCGCGCGAGCAAGUCGUCCAGGAUUUACCUUCCAGUCAGGAUAUUGCAGGCGCGCAGCAACAUCUCAGAAAGGGGGCGAUAAGAGAGUUACAUUGGCAUCGUACGGCAGAAUGGGGUUUCCUAUACACAGGCUCUCUGCUUCUUUCUGGCGUCGACGAAAACGGCGGCUUCACGACCCAGAAGCUCGAAAAGGGCGAUAUCUGGUAUUUUCCGAAGGGCGUUGCCCAUAACGUGCAAGGUCUUGACGAUGAGAACGAGUACCUGCUUGUCUUUGACGAUGGAGAUUUCGAGAAAGUCGGGUUCGUCUUCUCUUUCCCACCCCUACCCUACCUACUCCCUUCUAUCCAACACCCAAUAAUAACAAACACAACCCCCCAAAGGACAACAUUCAUGCUUGACGACUGGAUCACGCAUACACCGCGCGACAUCCUGGCCAAAAACUUCGGCGUCGACCCGUCGGUCUUCGACUCCGUACCGUCCAAAUUCCCAUACAUCCUGAACGGCAUAGUCAGCGAAGAAGCCGAAGACACGCCGCAAGGCACCCUCACGGGGAACAGCUCCUACGUGUACCGCACGUACAGCCACCCCGCUGAACCAGUUCCCGGAACAGGUGGCGUUCUACGCAAGAUCGACUCGAGGAAUUUUCCCAUCUCGAAGACUAUUGCGGCGGCUGUUGUGGAGCUCGAGCCGAAGGGGUUGAGGGAGUUGCAUUGGCAUCCUAAUGCCGAAGAAUGGCUCUACUUCCAUCAUGGCCAAGCACGUGCGACAGUUUUCCUCGGAGACUCGAAGGCGCGGACGUUUGACUUUCAGGCUGGUGAUACGGGAGUAUUUCCUGAAGAUAGUGGCCACUAUAUCGAAAACACCUCCGACAAUGAGAAACUCAUCUGGAUCGAGAUCUACAAGAGUGAUCGCGUAGCCGACAUCUCACUUGCGCAGUGGCUUGCCCUAACGCCAGCAGAUGUAGUGGCUCAGACACUAAAGGUGGAUAUCGAGGUCGUGAAGAGGAUUAAGAAGGAGAAGCAGACGUUUGUGGCGGGGGAUUGA